AUGAGCUACCAACCGGAAGACCCCUCAGCGGGAGUUGAAAUUAAUGAGAUUGCACUCGGCCGCGCGCGUCCACGCCGACAUGAUGACGAAGAUGAGGGCUCUGAUACCUUUGAAGAUGAUGACAUGGAAAGCAUAGUCGGUGCACCCACAAACGGGCACCAAAAGUCCCAAGGAAAUGGAGAGGAGGAAAUAGAGCUCCCUGCUCAUGCAUGCGCGUACUGUGGCAUUCACAACCCGAGCAGCGUCGUCAAAUGUCUCUCGUGUAAUAAAUGGUUCUGUAGUGCACGUGGCAAUACCUCUUCCUCGCAUAUCGUCAAUCACCUUGUCCGCGCUCGUCAUAAGGAAGUCCAGCUCCACCCGGGCUCGUCUUUGGGUGAUACGAUUCUUGAAUGCUACAACUGUGGCACCAAGAAUGUCUUUUUGCUUGGUUUCAUUCCCGCAAAAUCCGAUACCGUUGUUGUCUUGCUUUGUCGGCAGCCAUGUGCCUCUAUGCCUUCCUCCAAGGACAUGAAUUGGGACACUUCACGCUGGCAGCCUCUCAUUGAGGAUCGUUCUUUUCUUCCCUGGCUCGUGGGAGCACCUACUGACCAAGAACAACUCCGUGCCCGUCACCUCAGUCCUCAAUUGAUUGCGAAAUUGGAGGAAAUGUGGAAAGACAACUCUCAGGCAACUCUGGAAGACUUGGAGAAGGCCACGGCAGUGGAUGAUGAGCCUGCGCCAGUUCUACUUCGCUAUGACGAUGCUUUCCAGUAUCAGAACAUUUUCGGUCCACUUGUCAAGAUCGAGGCCGAUUACGACCGCAAGUUGAAGGAAUCUCAAUCCCAAGAUGGUCUCAUCGUACGCUGGGACCUUGGUCUCAACAAUAAGCACCUCGCAAGCUUUGUGCUGCCCAAGCUUGAGCUGGGAGAUGUCAAGUUGGCUGUGGGCGAUGAGAUGCGCAUCAAGUACAAUGGUGAAUUGCGUCCCAAGUGGGAAGGUGUGGGCUAUGUCAUCAAGAUCCCGAACAAUCAAUCUGACGAGGUCACCAUCGAACUACGCGCCAAGGGCGACCACAAGUCAGUUCCCACUGAAUGCACACACAAUUUUAUGGCCGACUAUGUUUGGAAAUCGACUUCCUUCGACCGCAUGCAAUGUGCCAUGAAGACAUUCGCAGUGGAUGAGCAGAGUGUCUCAGGCUACAUCUUCCAUCGCCUCCUUGGUCAUGAGGUUGCUGCAGCUCCUAUGAAGACUCAGAUUCCGAAGAAAUUCAGUGUUCCAGGUUUGCCAGAUCUGAAUGGCAGUCAAAUCAACGCGGUUAAAAGUGUCCUCCAGCGACCUCUCAGUUUGAUCCAAGGUCCUCCCGGAACUGGUAAGACCGUUACCUCGGCCACCAUCAUCUACCAUCUCGCCAAGAUCAAUGGAGGCCAGGUUCUUGUCUGCGCUCCGUCCAACGUUGCCGUUGACCAGCUCUGCGAACGUAUCCAUCGGACUGGUCUCAAGACAGUACGAGUUACUGCUAAAUCUCGCGAGGAUGUGGAAUCUGCUGUUGGUUUCCUUUCGCUGCACGAGCAGGUUCGUAUGAACGAUAGCAACAUUGAGUUAGUGAAACUCAACCAGCUGAAGGCUGAACUUGGGGAAUUGUCCAGCCAAGACGAAAAGCGCCUGAAGCAACUUACUCGCUCUGCUGAACGUGAAAUCUUGACCAACGCGGAUGUGAUCUGCUGUACUUGUGUUGGUGCAGGUGAUCCUCGUCUUUCAAAGGGCAAGUUCCGCACUGUCCUGAUUGAUGAAUCUACCCAAUCUGCUGAGCCCGAGUGUAUGAUCCCCCUGGUUCUGGGCUGCAAGCAAGUUGUGCUGGUCGGUGAUCACCAGCAACUUGGCCCCGUGAUCAUGAACAAGAAGGCCGCCAAGGCCGGUUUGAACCAAUCUCUGUUCGAGCGUCUCGUCAUAUUGGGCUGCUCUCCUAUUCGCUUGAAUGUCCAGUAUCGUAUGCACCCGUGCCUUUCGGAAUUCCCGUCCAAUAUGUUCUACGAAGGCUCGCUGCAGAACGGUAUCACCAUUGCUGAUCGUGUCCGUCGCGAUGUUGACUUCCCUUGGCCCAUCAUUGAUGAUCCCAUGAUGUUUUGGUCAAACCUGGGCAAUGAAGAAAUCUCCGCGUCAGGUACCUCCUAUCUUAACCGUACUGAAGCGACCAACGUCGAGAAGAUCGUCACGCGCUUCUUUAAGGCAGGUGUUCAGCCUAGGGAUAUCGGUAUCAUCACUCCAUACGAGGGACAGCGGAGCUACAUUGUCAGCUCUAUGCAGGCAAACGGUACCUUCAAGAAGGAACAUUACAAGGAGAUUGAGGUUGCGUCGGUCGAUGCAUUCCAAGGCAGAGAGAAGGAUUAUAUUAUCCUUUCUUGUGUGCGUUCCAAUGAUCACCAAGGUAUUGGUUUCCUGAGCGAUCCUCGUCGUCUCAACGUGGCCCUUACUCGUGCUCGAUUUGGUCUGGUCAUCCUCGGAAACCCCAAGGUCUUGUCUAAACACCCAUUGUGGAACUGUCUUUUGCAGCACUUUAAGGAACGCCACUGUCUCGUUGAGGGGCCCUUGUCCAACCUUCAGGAGUCCUUGAUUCAAUUCAGCCGGCCUAAACAAGCAUACAGAGGCCCGCAGCGCUUCCAGAUGUCUUUCAGCCAGACAAAUAAUGCCCCCAAUAAUGCAGUGAAUGGUCGCAACGGCGGUCACCGCAACGAGUAUCAUGACUCCGGGUCUGUGGUGGGCUAUAUCCCCGAUGAUGUGUCUUCCGUCCACGGCUCGGCACUUGGUGGUGUUGGCCUUCCGUCUGGCUACCCCCCUAUGUUCCAGAAUUUCGGCGAGUCCUGGCCUGCGAUCUCUGGCGGUCGUCGAGCAAAUGGUGGCCGACCCAAGGGAGCACCCAGUGUGACUGGCGAGUCAGUCGCUGCUACUGAGUCUGAUGUUACCUGCAGCGUCACUGACGGACGCAGCGUUGAUCAGGGCGGUGUCAGUCUCACUGGUCUAAGCAUUAAUGAUAUGAGCAAGCAGCCCAGCCUCAGCCAAUCUGACCGAUUGAAGCGCUACGUCGAGUCUGGCGGACGUGAGCCUUACAGGACCGGCGUUCCGGACAAUGGCAGCAUCUUCGGAGGCAGCUCUGCUAGCAUUCGCGUGACUCGCGGCGUGCCGGGCCAGAACCCUCACGACGACGAUGAUGCCCGUAGCGUCUCUACUGCUUUCGCUAGCCAAGUUGGUGGCAACUAUGACUGA